GCAAAGUUGACAGGGUGGGUCGUGUACGUGUGUGUGUACGUGAGUCACGCGUGGAUACCCCUUUAAAAGGCUCACCAUGUUGCCAUCACAUGCUCCAGCAGCAUCGACUUAGGAUGCGGACGUUCCCGCUCUUGUUGUAAAGUAAAAACAUUACGAGAAGAAAGCCGCGAUCAUCAACCAGCGUGGAGACUUUUGUUUCACCGAGGAUUUGCUCACUUCGCGCCCGGCGAGACGGCGACUGGGCUCGGCCCUGGUGUCAGCCUGAGCCUCGCUGCUGCUUGCUGUGUUGUUCCGCACGUUGGCCGACCCCGAGCUCCGUGGACGAGUCAACGUGUAGCGGCCAGACCUGCGGGGUUUCGAACCGACCACCUGGGCGAGGCUGCUGUGCUCUACGUGGGGAGAGUGGAGCGGAUGGAACCCGGGGAGCGAGAGCAGCACAUCCGCGGUGCUGGAAGAUCCGACUUGUUUGCGUCUAGUUCUCGUCGAGCACAAGUCUUGUUGUGAGCGGGCUGGCUGCUCUUUAAGGGACACACAAGGUGCCCCGAAGCUCAACUACAUCCCGAUCCUUUGACCAAGGUGCACACACGGUCUGGAUCCACUGUAGUCUUCAGGGUGACCAACAACUGCUCAAAGCCCAGUCAUAAAGCAUGUGAUGACCCACAUCAAGCAGAAAGGUUCCAACCAACGCUGGGACCGCAGCCCUCCGUGGCCGCAUGGUGGCGCUAUGGGCGUCGACCAGCUGGAGCGCUCACUCCGCUUUGGCCGAACGAAGAAGAUAAGUGAGGUCGUCUAUCGAAGGAAGGUGAAGAAGGACAAGAAAGAUGCGGAAAGGUCCAAUCAAACCCAAAAACCAGGCUGCGAGAAGAAACGGGACAGGAAGUUGUAUCCUCUUCGGGGAAGGGUUGGGGACGGGCUCAGCUGCCAUGUUCUCCUCACAAGGUUGGAGGAAAGCAUCCGCAGAGGAAAGAAAGCUGCAGUGUCGGACAAGGACAAGGCCAGGAAGAGCGGGAUCGGUGCAAGUACGGAGAUUAAAUCAACAUCAAAAGUAAAAUCAAAGCUGAGUGACUUAGUACACGUCUUGCAACCACGCAAGCGCCGCCUCGCCUCCCUCAACGCCGAGGCAGUGAACAGCCUGCUCCUGGAAAGAGCCACUGACCUCCAGCCACAAGCUAAACAGGCUAAAAGACAGGAAGAGCCCACGAAUGGAGUGCAUUGCACGGUUGAGCAUCCAGAGUCCAGGAUCGCCACCGCAGCAGCUCUUAAGACCUCACAACGAAACGUCUCUAAAACCUCCUUGUGUUCAAUAUCCAAGAAGGUCAAGAAAAAGACCUACAGAGGACACAAGAGUCAGGGGUUGAGUUUGGAGAUUCUGGAUACGCCAACACCGAGACGACUGGCUGGUCUCAAUGCCGCCGCCCUGCUGAAGUUGACUAGCUUGUCUGCUGUGACGAAGCAUCGAGUUAAGGCCGCACCCAGCAAUACCCUCACGUCUGAUGGCAAGAACCCUGCUGCCACCCAGAAACAGACCUCUAGAGUGAAACACAAAGGGCACUCACAGAAACAAAAAGGGGAUCUGGAGAAGAUGUCCCCCAUGCACUGUAGCUGCUCAGCUUGCAAGAAGGCCGACUUUGAGCCCAAGGUGGAGUGGGAAUCCAGUAGUGUCACCAAACCGGGCUACCAGUCACGCAGCAUGUUAGGCUACACACUGAAGAAUGUGAAGGAAGAGCAGCUGGAAACAGAACUGAACCCCUGCUACUGCUGCCCCCCUGAGGGCUCCGUGGAGUACUGCCACCGCUUGGCCUUCUUCUUGAGCCAGCAGCCCUUUUCAAAGUCAGGUGAUCAGUCCAUCAGCUCGGCUGUGACCCCCGUGAAGCGUGAGUGCCUUGUCACCUCUUCGUCACUUACCCACUCCCACCCGGCCCUGACCCUCAGCCACCACCCCUGCCUCUGCUACUACGUCCACAUCGCCCCGCACCUGCCGCAAACUGGAACAUCUCCGCUGCCACCGCUCACCUCCAGACCUCUGAGCUUUGCCCCACCCGGCUUGUGCCCUAAUCGGACGAUUGGCUCCAAGCCACCGGGUCCUCAAAUGACACACGCCUCGCCAGUGCCCCACCCGGCAUACUGCAACUCGGUGGGCUCGCCUUGUUACGGCGAAGCCUGCGGGAUUGGCGGCUACGCCUGCAGGCCCGUCGCUCCCGUCAAUAGCAGGGGAUGCUCGUUCAGCACAGAAUGCACUGGAUGCUCGCAUGGCAUCAAAACAGAGACUUUCUCCUCCUCUCAGGGUGACCACAGUCCCUCUCUUCUGGUCCCCCCGCCUAUCUCCAGCUGCCCUUUAUCCAGCGUGCCCACUUCCACCCAGACGAAUCCUCACCUGCUGACUCCGCUGUUGGGCCAGGAGCAGCAGCCCCGGGCCAGGCUAAAAGCAGCCACAGACCGCCCGCAAGGCACGAAGGCCUCCUCAGACAGUGUCCCCCCUACACUCCAGCAAAAGAAAGUGGUCCGCAGACGUGCCACCAACGGCUGGCGGUCUGUUGGAAUCCCUGCAGAGAAGGACAUUUUCAUCGUGGGGGAAGAUGAGACAGCGCUCCGGCUGUGCUACGAAGGAGUCGAGAGGGAUGGCGAAGUGAUACGCGUUAGAGACACGGUGCUGCUGCGAUCGGGCCCAAGGAAGAAAUCCCUGCCGUAUGUGGCCAAGAUAUCAGCGCUGUGGGAGGAUCCCAAAACAGGGGAGCUGAUGAUGAGUCUUUUCUGGUACUACCGACCUGAGCACACCCAGGGAGGCCGAGAUCCCAGCAUGCACUGUGAGAACGAGAUCUUUGCCUCUCGACAUCAGGACGAGAACAGCGUGGCCUGCAUAGAAGACAGAUGCUACGUCCUGCCUCUAGCCCAGUAUUGUCGAUAUUGUGCCUUGAUAAAGCAGCGUUCUGAUGGCGCCCUGCCCGGCCGCCCCAGCACGGUUCCCCCGUGCCCGGACUUCGCCCCACCCUCCCACCGCUGUGUGCCCGCCGACGUAGACCCGGAGCUGGUGUACUUGUGCCGCCAUGUCUACGACUUCCGCUACGGACGCAUCCUCAAGAACCUGCAGUAGGAUUUGCCAUGAAUUAUUCAUCAUCUUCAUCCAGUCACCCUGCAGCUGACGUAAGGUUUUAGAGAAAGUGACGCACAGAGCCCUUUACUGUAACUUAUGAAGAUGUUACAAUGAAAUACUUUUUUCACGCCGCCGUCUGAUAUGAUUUGUCAGCGCCCUGAUCUGAUCGCUGGCAUUUUUCCCCCAAAAGCAUCUUAGCACUCCAACCAUGUUUGUAAGCCACUGGCUCAGGGGGUUCUGGAGGUUCUUCCAGGGGUGGAACACUAGACCUCGGCUGUAUCCAAGCAGCUAAUGGACAGUUUGGGCAAGCUUGCUUGUGUGGGAGAGCGAGUGUUUUCAGUGUGGAUAAAUGUGGGAAUAUGUUCUGUUUAUCUUUUGUUCCCUCUCAAUGCUUUCAGGCAAUCAAACCAAACAAAACAGUUUUUUUGUUUUUUUUAGAGCUAGAGGAUCUCUCGGCUCAUCCUCUGUGCCGCUCACUUUCCUAUCUCUUUCUCAACAACGCUCUGCACAAUCUAAAAGAAAACAUGUUUGACAGACCAAAGUCGCCCCAAAUGUACCUUUUGUUAGCUACUAGCCCACUUUAUAAGGGCUCCAGUAGGGAGUUUGCUUAUGAAUCAAUUGAACUGAUCAACCACAACUAUACGUCCUUAUCAGUCCCUCCAGGAUUUUGCUCGCUUUUUUUAGUGAUUGUUGCUGCCUAAAAAGCCUGAGUUCACAGAAGCUUUUCCCGAAAGUGUCGCAGUGGCUACAUUUUCUUAACUCAAUACAUUUUUGUGAUUUUAGGAAUGUGUUACCAAUGUUUUAGGUGUUCCAUGUAACACUGUACUGUUGACUGAUAAAAACUAAUCAUAGUAAUAAUGAAUACCGUAUUUUUCGGACUAUAAGUCGCCGUUUUUUUCAUAGUUUGGCCGGGGGUGCGACUUAUACUCAGGAGCGACUUAUGUGUGAAAUUAUUAACACAUUACCGUAAAAUAUCAAAUAAUAUUAUUUAGCUCAUUCACGUAAGAGACUAAACAUAUAAGAUUUCAUCGGCUUUAGCGAUUAGGAG